CGUUUGAGAAAGUUCUUCAAAAUGCGUUGCUUCGAAUUGAACCACAUGUGUCUGUGUGGAGAUCUCGAGUUGGACGAAUUGUUCGAUGGUGAUGACAUCAAAAAUGCCAUCAACUACACAUACAACCGAAGAGAUUCAACGCGUGGCAAUGCAAAUGCCAUACGGAAAUUGGAAAUACUGUUGGCGGAGCUGUAUUGGAUAGGAGCACCUCACAGACCAGAUGAUCCACACCCAUUCAACAUCAGAGAAUUCGUUGAACUCAAUUGGUUCCAAGCAUUGCGCAUGUUCAUUAAUAUACAGCGUGAUAUUCAUAACUUUCACCUCGCGUUUGCCAAUCUACGCCAAAGUUGGAUUCUGUUCCGAAAACAUCCGCUCUAUGUGCAACAGCCAGAAUUUCCAGAGCCGCCUGAAAUCACCACCUUCACAGUCAUUCCGAAGUGCACAUUCCAGCGCCGACACGUGAAAAUUGAUACGGAUUCAUUGUACAACAUUUUAAAGGGAAUCAAGGCAAUGCCGCGGACAAAAGGCACUCGAGUCUUACGAGACGGCGAAUACCAAGAGCGCUGGAUCUCACAAAUUGAAUUCAAGGAGAGAGGAGGCUGGCGUUUGUUUUUCAACAUGGACGAAAUUAUCAAGCUGGUCAAGAAUAAAAAGGAAUUCGGCGAUUCGAUAAUAUCAGAUGGUGUGUCAGCGUCGGUGUUAUUCAAAUUGCCGAAACAGAGCAAAACUGUUACUGAUGAAGAAGAGGCCGAAACCAAACGCAAAUAUUUCGCAAACGAAUUCGCGUAUGCAUUGGGAAUUGAUCCAGGCAUGCGAACCUUUAUUGCGUCGGUCCGCCUCGAUCUAAAGACCGGCGAAGAGACCAACGAGAAGAUUUCGUUCAAACAAUACCAUCUGAAAUCGAAACAAGAUGCGCGCAAUAUUAAAGCCGAACGAAUGACACGAGUCUUCACGUAUGACGAACAAGCAGACCUCAAACGUAUCGCCGCAGAGAUUGGACAGACACCAUCGCCACGGAACAUCUCUUGGCGUCAUUACAUCGAACAUCGCCUGCGAAUGUCCCAAGAUGGUAUCGCGGCAUACAGUCAGAAAAACUAUGCACGCUUACGUUUGGACAAACACAUUGAAUGGCGUCGUGCAAUUGAUCUCAUCGCCGGUAAGCUGGUACAUUUCAAGACAGCUAUCAUCAACAUCGGAGCAGCCGAAAUUUCACCAAAUUGCCCGAUCCGAAUCAAAAAGUACGUGCGGUGUCCAGGCGUUCGCAAGCUGAUUGCAGCCUUCAAAAGACGUGGCAAUUGUGUCGUUCGGUUGGUGGAUGAAUACAUGACAUCGCAACAUUGUGCCCGAUGCUUCAAACGGUUCCCGAUAUGGACGAAGAGCAAACGAUACAAGAAGUGCAACGAUUGCCAACCAGAUGAACGUGUUGGACUUCCGAGAACCAUCUAUACGAACGUCAGUAAACGAGUGUUGCAAAUGCAACGGAAAAUCAUGCGUACAUGGGAGGAAAUGCGCGACCAAGGUGAUGCUUUUGCAGCCAUUCUAACCCAACGAAAUUCAGGACGUUUGGUGUCAAAGAAGCAACGCUUCUUCAAAACCUGGCAACCAAAUGCUGCUGAAAACGCUGGAACAGAAGACGCUGCACAAUCACGCAAGUUGCUCAAAUCACUUUGGCAUCGGGACAUAUCAGCAGCCAAACUGAUCAUGUACAAAGGUCUUUGCACGCUGCUUGACAUUCCGAUACAUCCAGCAUUGCUGCGACGACCAGAUGACGACGGCGUUCCACUCAAUCCAUAAAUCAAAAUCCAGCGUUUAGCAUUAAAGUUUUUUUUAACAAAUAUUUUCUAAUAGUUUAUUAGAGUUCUCAAGCCUUGCACUUAGUGGGCUAUUUUAAGGUUUAUAAGGUGUCUAACUUUAUUUACCGCAGUACAAGAGUGGUUUUAUAGACGUUAUUUGAUGAUCAUUUUCCGGUUUGACAAUGUCGCCGCAUUCUUUGGAUAUGACUUGUUCAAUGCAUCAUAUCACGGUUAUGAAAAACACCCUAAUGUAUAUUGCAUAAACAUACUUUGGAUUUUUUUCCAAAUUCGAUUGUGUUACGGUCUUGUGAUGUAUAUGUGUGCAUUAAUCGUGCUCCAUCUUCCCACGGUGGCUUAUUGUAAAUGCCGUCAACGUCGGACAUCAGUAUUAAUAAAUCUGUUAUGGUUAAAAAUAUACAAUUGUCAGUCCGGCAAAUAUACAAAACCGGUUACAUAUGACAAAUUUAAACGUAAUAAUACAGUCAUUGUAUAAUGGUCAUACGUUUGCGUUGGCGGCAUUUAUGCGUAUUCAAAUACAAUUAACUUACCUGCCUGAAUGUAAAGGUGUCAGCGGACACGGACGGUCAGAGGAAAAUUGCAUUUUUGUUCGACUGUCCAUCCGAAGUGUCUCACUAGAAAUUCGGAUAUCCAUUCGAAGUGGCAGCCUUUUUUUCCCACCAAGCCGAACGAACCAAGUGGAUUUCCGAUCUCUAUGAAAGCACUUCGACCAGCCGUGUUUUUCUCGGACGCCCGGGGUUUCUCGGCCGUUCGAACUCCAGAAUGUACACACAGCGAACUGAUGGUGUGUUUUGACAUUACAAAACAAAUGAACGAAAUUGGUGGUGAAAUAUCUAAACACCAUCAGCGUAGCAGUAAAACACGAUGUCUAGCUGUGUGGAAUUAAAAAAAUAUUCGUCGUGACGGACUUCAAUAUAUUCCCGGUCCCACACACAAAUGGUGUUACGAUUUGAGAACAUCAUUUAUUCUUCAUCCAUUGGCUAAGAUGAAACUUUUUUUAAACAUCGACUGAUUUUUGGAUUCUUCAGAUUGUUGAUUUUCUUUCUUGAUUGCUUAGAUUUUCCUGUUGAUUUUUCUUAUGAUUUUCUUGAUUUUCACUGCGCCAAGCAGAAUCGAGAAAAAAAAAAUUAACAGGAAAAUCUGAAAAAUCGAAAAAAUCUACUGGUAUUUAAAAACAGUUCCAUCUCGAAUUCCAUCAUCCCAAUGAAGAAUAAAUUGAGUUCGGGAUUUAUAAAAAGUUGGAUCCAAAAGGUAACGUUAUUACCAUUAAAAUGAUAAAAUUUAGCGAAGAAAAUAAGCAUAAAUGUUGGAAUUUGUCAGACCAAAUAAUCUUUUUAAUUACAUUUCGGAGUUCGAACGGCCGAGGAUUCUCGAACGUGCAAGAAACACACGGCUGUUCGAAGUGCCUCCAUAGAGUUUGGACAUCCAAUUGGUUCCGGUCGUCUGAAAAAAAAAGUUCGGCUACUUCGAACGGACGUCCGAUCUUCUCGUGAGGCACUUCGGAUGGACGGUCGAACAAAAUUUUGUCCGUUGACACCAUUACCUGAAUAUUCGCCGCAAGUAAAGCCGAUAAGCUGUCAUUAUCCCUUAUUUGAAUUCCCUGUAUUUGAUAUAAAAAAUAAACCAAAACCAUGAAAACAA